GCCUCCUGCGCCACGGGGAAAUCAAUGAUACAGGAACCCGGUGAGGCGGAUGAUCGCAAUUGCUGAAGUCAGUCGUCCCUUUGUGCUGAGUUUAUCCUCAAUUCACGGCUUCUUCGGCUCAAUAGGACACCCAGAGGGGCGGCGGCAAUCUCGCAUCUUUCAUAAUCAGCGUGUUCUAUUUUCUUUUUCUGCGUCUUGUCAUAGAUGAGACGCUGCUGCUGUCAGCGCCUGCUGCCGUUGAGUCGAUCAGCUUCCAUCUUCCCCUCCGCAGCUCGGAGAGGGGCGCGUUCAUUCUCCCGCAAAUUCAAUCCGAUUUUUCGCCCGCAAACAAGGCCUCACUCCUUUCCCACCUACCCCUUUGUUGCUGGGAAUUCUGUCCGACGACUUGUCGCGCCGCCUGUCGAAUCUUCGGUCUCGUCGUAUAUUUUGUUCUUCGGUGUCGCCUGUGGAGUCGCAGUUCUUUUCGAGUACUUGGUGCGUCAUCAACCCCAGGAGGCACACGACAAGGACGACCACCUUGCGCACCACCGGCCCCCUACCACCACCACUUCACACACCUGCGAUCCUUUUCGUCUCGACAUGCCUGCGCCUCCCGGCCACCUGGGCAACUUGACACCCGAACAAGAAGCCAAACUGCGAGAGUUCUGGGCCGUCACUCUGAAGAUUUUUGGCGUGGAAGACCCCCAACAGGCCAGUGGAACAGAGACACCACGAACCGAAGAUGCCGCAUCAGAAAUCGAUGUCAAGGAGAAAGAGAAGAGCAAAAAGCGACUGGGUAUAUUCAAGAGGCACAAGGAUAAGGAGUCGAGUAAUGGGUCGGCCACGCCGACUAAAGACCCGAGCCACCAUGCGGAUUCCGACGACAAGUAUGGCCAGGUCAAGGAAUUCCAGCAGAUAUUAGUCACACAGUCUCCAGAAUCUUUGCGCGCUACGUUCUGGAGCAUGGUCAAGGCCGACCACCCAGAUGCACUACUGCUGCGGUUUCUAAGAGCGCGAAAAUGGGAUGUCGACAAAGCAUUGGUUAUGCUGAUCUCUACGAUGCGAUGGCGAAGCCAGGAACAGCAUGUAGACGACGAUGUCGUCCUACGCGGAGAAGGUGGAGCUUUGGAGGACUCGAAAUCCAGCGACCCGGCCGUGAAGAGAGAGGGAGAAGAUUUCCUGGCGCAACUAAGGUUAGGAAAGAGUUUCCUGCACGGCACCGAUAAAGAAGGGAGACCGCUGUGUUUUGUACGGGUACGGCUCCAUAGAGGCGGCGACCAGACUGAGCGUGCCCUUGAACGGUAUACGGUAUAUGUGAUUGAGACGGCUAGACUUGCUUUGAGGCCGCCAAUAGAAACCGCUUGUAUAGUUUUCGACAUGACCAAUUUCACCAUGGCCAACAUGGAUUAUACCCCCGUCAAGUUUAUGAUCAAGAUCUUUGAAGCCAAUUAUCCCGAGUCUCUCGGCGCAGUCCUCGUCCAUAAGGCGCCGUGGAUUUUCCAAGGUAUAUGGAAGAUCAUUCGUGGCUGGCUCGAUCCCGUUGUCGCUGGCAAAGUGCACUUUACGUCUGGAGUGGAGGACCUCGAGAAAUUCAUCCCUAGAUCACAAAUCAUCAAGGAAUUGGAUGGAGAGGAGGAUUGGGAAUAUAAAUAUGCAGAGCCUGUACCAGGGGAGAACGACACCAUGAAGGAAGAAGCGCCCCGGAACGCUCUCCAGACCGAGCGGGAUACCCACGUCCGCGAGUAUCAGAAUAAGACCUUUGAAUGGAUAUCGAAAGGAACGGGGCCGGAUGUCGACAAGAUCAAAGAAGAGAGGCACGCCCUGGCGAGGCAAUUGAACGACAACUAUUGGAGACUGGACAAAUAUGUGCGAGCCAGAACGUAUUACGACCGCACGGGCAUGAUCGGGCCAGAUGGCAAGAUCAACUUUUACCCGCCGCCUCCUGGAAAGGGAGAGAAUGUGGAUGUCAAACCGACAUCGCCAGAGACUGUGCCAGAUGCUCCAAAGAUCGAGACCUCUGCCGAUGAUGUCGAUUGAAGACUGGAGGCGAGAGGAGCAAGACUUAGCGACGCUUUUACCCACAUCUGAUGCCUCACCCUGGACCUCGGAGGACGGACAGGAUACACGACACGGCCAGAGUCUAGACGGACAUUGAUCAGCUCCGAGUAUGUGCAAAGGUUCAUAGCACUGUGUGAGAAGACAUAUACUAUUAAUGAUUUAAUCUCUGGUAGGUGUGCUGAUGGGUUGUCACACAGCUCGACUGUGAUUGUUUGUCGUCGUGCUUGAAUCGGUUGACUGCGCAUCAGACGAGAGGGACAGGAUGGAUAGUGUACCCUCCCUGCACAGGCUGACGAGGACGAUGGGGACGAUUGACUGAACUUGGGCACAGUUGCAGUUUAGUCGGUGGGAAGAGAAGAACAGAAACAACAAGAUUCGACGACAGGAUCCCUCAGAAGGAAGAAAGCCACGAACAGCACACACAUACACAUACCAGCACAGAUAAGAGGACACUCACUCAUGAUGCACGCAUCCACUCCGGAUAUACGGACUGGCGGUUGAACCGAUCAC